AUGUCUACUUUCAUAGAUUCUGAGCUUAGUUAUGGCUUGAACGGGGCAAUUGUUUUAGAACCUGGGAAUCCAUCAUUGACAAAGAAGCUAGCUCUUGCCGAAGGAAGUCCAUGGAAAAUGUCAAAUAAACAGAAGAAAGAACCUCCGCCUAAGAAGCGGAAAGUUGAUCCACCUCCAGUUCCAAUCGGAGGUCCAAAGCCUUCGUUCAGACCAGGGGUUUCAGCCUCUACUGUGAAAAAUAGGCUAUCGGCUUCCCCGGGACUAUCUCCUUCAUAUGGGAUUGGGAAUGUUACUAAAACUCAUUCUGCUAACGAGAAUGUCAAACAAGUGCAGACAAAGGACAGAGAUAACGUGCUUGCUAGCGGAAAAAACCCAUCAACCUGGGAAAAUAAUGCGUUAAGGGACACAAGUGGGGGUCAAGCAACCAACGUUGAUAAAGAAGUUGAUUUGCAGGCAUUGCUGGUUGAUCUCCUCAAAGAGGCUCCAAUGAGCUUGAAGACCUUAGAGAAAGCUGUUGGAGACAAAAUUCCUAAUUCCGCAAAGAAGAUUGAACCAAUUUUGAAAAAAAUUGCAAAUUUCCAAGCUCCAAGAUAUUUCUUAAAACCAGGAGCAGAGUGGGAAAGCUAUAAAAAGCAUUCACCUGAUAGCGGAAGAUGGCUUCCGAUUGAAAUGUUGCACGAGAGAGAAGAUAGUCCAAAGAGCUUUGCAUUGGGGCUACACGCACCUGGAUUCUUUGACAAGGUGUUAAAUGUCGAUAAGUGCUUAUUACAGAGCGAGCCAGGAAACAUGGUUCUUGCUGCUGUUCAAGAAUGCUGGAGAGAUCCUCAACUAAGUCUUUCGCCAUAUAAUGCUCGUUCACAUGCCGGGUUUCUUAAACAUUUGAUGCUGAGAACUGGAAGGAAUGUGGAGACUGGCUCACAAGAACUUAUGGUGAAUUUUGUGACAUCGUCUUAUAAGCCAGAGCUGUUGAAGCCUCUGGUUGAUAGAAUUACAUCAAUUCCUCAAGUGGUAAGCGUAGUGAAUAAUGUAAACACGUCCGUUGGAAAUACAUCUGUUGGAGAAGAAGAAUAUACUCUUUACGGGAAAGUUACAAUCUCAGAGGUCUUAAGAGGACUUACAUUUCAAAUCUCUGCCAACUCUUUUUUUCAGACUAACACUCAUCAGGCUGAAGUUUUAUAUAAGCUUAUUGAGGAAUGUGCUGGACUUAAGGGAGAUGGCUCAGAAGUCGUUCUCGAUCUUUUCUGUGGGACUGGAACCAUAGGUCUUACACUUGCCAGAAGGGCGAAGCAUGUGUAUGGUUAUGAAGUAGUUCCACAAGCAAUAACAGAUGCUCACAAGAAUGCUCAAAUAAACGGCAUAGAGAAUGCUACAUUCAUCCAAGGGGAUCUAAACAAGAUAGGAGAGGAUUUUGGGAGCAAUUUCCCUGAGCCUGACAUUGUUAUCUCUGAUCCUAAUCGACCUGGUAUGCACAUGAAGUUGAUCAAGUUUCUGCUAAAGCUUAAAUCUCCACGGAUCAUAUAUGUUUCGUGUAAUCCUGCAACCUGCGCUAGGGAUCUUGAUUAUCUUUGUCAUGGCGUGGAGGAGAAGAAUAUAAAGGGUUGCUACAGAUUGAUGAGUGUUCAGCCAGUGGAUAUGUUCCCUCACACUCCUCACAUUGAAUGUGUUUGCUUGCUUGAACUUUGUUGUUAA